AGUCUUAGGGAAUUUAAAUUAAUAUAAUUUAAUUAUUUUUCGUAUUUGGAUUAUGGAUUUUCUUUAUACCCACAAGUUACUAUAUGCGUGGUGGUGCCACUUAAGACAAAAAAAAAAAUAAAAAGUAUCAUUGGUUGUAUAAAAAUUUAAAAAAUAAAUUUUCAAAAAAAUAAUCAAGGACAUUUUGCUCGAAAAAAAAUGUGUAUACUAUCAAAAUGUUUGCAGUUAAAAAUACAUGUACUUUUUGCUAGUUGCACUCGGAACUACAUAUUUAGUCAACAAUGUUUUCCUCGCAUUUUUUAUGACUUAGCAAUAAAAUAAGAAUGGUUUAAAGUUUGUGAACUAAAGGCAGGAAUCUGCUAAAUGCAGAUCUUAUAUACAACUUGUCCAAUAAUUAUAUUAUUACAAAUAUAACGUGACUGAAGAAAUCUCUCGACGGAUGUCGGUAAUGGGCGAAAGACUUUAAUGAAAUUCGCCAAGAACAAGAAAACUCUUGUCUAUCUGUGACAGGAAUAAUAAGGAGCUAGCUUUAAUAUUCUGUAAUAAUAAGUUGGAUUUGAAAGUGCGGUGAUGUGAAAUUGCCUUUGUUGCAGGUCCAUAUGUGUUAAAAAAACGAUAUAUACUUAAUGGCUAUAAAAGAAAUUAUUCGUGAUUUUUUAUUAGAUUGACAAUUAAAAAUUUAAUGGAAAAUUUUAAAGAAGUUUACAGAACUCAUAUUGAAGGUUCACUUGAUAAUUCAGAUAAUGAAUCGGUAAAUUCAAACCAAAGUUCCUUAUAUGAAAACUGGAAACCUAUACCCUAUACUGACAAGGAAAUUGAAUCAAACACAGCUGUAAUUGUUAAACCUAAGGAAGUGGAUAAUUUUUGGGGCAAAAGAAGAAAUGUUGGUAAUAAAGAGACUUUGGAAAGAGAAUAUGUAACAGAUUUUCCUGAUACACUCUCAGCAGGUCAUUCCGGUGCCGAAAAUUGGAAGGUGAAAAUGAUAGAAUCGAAGAAGCAACAGAAUUUGGGUAUUGGAUGGGCAAUAAGAAAGACUCCUCAGAAUAAUGAAAAUGGAGUAGCUUUUUGCACUAUCUGUGACGUAAAAAUCAUGACUGAAGAGCAUUAUGUGGCCCAUUUUAACGCCUCGCCGCAUAAGAUGGUAUUAUCAUAUCCACUUGAUAAUAGCAUCGACGAGAGUUUGAAAUUCGCACAAAAUCAGCGAAAUGUGGAUAAUCUAUCAUUUCCAAAAGAACUAAAAGCGCUGAUGACGGACAAUUGUUGUAAGCUGUGUAAUAGAUCUUUUAACGAUACCGACGCCUUCUCAAAGCAUUAUCAAUUACCUCAACAUAAGGAAAAUCUAGAACUGUGGUUGCAGAAUAAAUCAUCUUUCUCACAGGAGAAUUUUGAUGCAGCUUGGCCCGAAGAGUUAAAAAACCUUGUACUGCCAAAUGCUUGUUGGCUAUGUGAUGUCAAAAUUGCUUCCCCCAGUGUGUUACUCAGUCAUUAUGGAAGCAGAAAACAUAUACGCAAGCUCCUGGACUGGAAAAGUACCAACACAGCAUCUGUUAAGAUUAACAAAUCUCCGUCAACAGCGGUUGUGAUACAAAAACCUACCUCAAGCAAGCACUGCUACAUUUGCGAUGUCGAUUUUAAACUACAUGAUGCCCACGUGCAGUCAGUUAUGCAUUGUGAGACAUUUAAAUUCGCUUUGUCAAUGAUUUCCAUAGGUGUUCCAAUUUGGGAUUUUUGGUUAAAGGCAUUUAGAAAAGUUAUUUCGGAACAUUAUUGCAGCUUAUGCGGCUGUCAACUAACUGGUCCAGCAGUUGCUCUUUCCCACUUUAGGGGUAAAAAACAUAUUACAAACUUUCAAUCUUGGGUUCAAGCAAAUAGUGCUAAGAUGUCCAAGCAGACUUCUUCGACAGAAAUACCCAUAAAAUGGUUAUACUGUGAAGUGUGUAAGCAAGAGCUUGAUGGGACGAGUUUUGCAGAAGCUCACUAUAAGUCACAUGGUCAUAAGGAGAAGCAGCAAUAUUUUUGUUUUAUCUGUAAAAUUGCCAGCGACGAUUUCCAACAAUAUAAAAAGCAUCAUGACAGCGUUUCACAUAAAAGGAUCGCAAAUAAUGGUGUUCAACAACUUACACCUUGCAACACUUCAGAAAAUUGUGAACCAUCUAUACUUUAUUCAAAUUCUGAUGAUAUUAGGAACAAAUUGGAACUACAUAGGGCUAACGUUUCAAAAUCUGCUACUUCAUUGGGGCAGAAGGAGAUUCAUAUAAAAGGUCAUUUAAAUCAGUAUACCUCAAAUGUGACGAAUACAAUAGAAAAUCAAAGCAGUAGGAGUAUAAAUCUUAAUCAAAACAUUAACAUUAACUUGGAACAAAAGACAGCCAAUGAUGAACUGAAGGAAGAGGUAUUAUCUGAAUUGAAAAAAUUUGUAAAUCUCAUCUACAUGUCUAAAACAAUUCCUUUGAACAGUGCUUUAAAACAUUUAAAACGUUACAAUAAAGAACUUGAAUCUUUAAAGGUAAUUGAGGUAGGAGGGCAAAAUGAUCAGCAUCCAGCCAUUCAUAAACAAGAUGCAAGUGAUGAAAAAUAUUCUAAAUUAGUGAAGUUUCCAAAAUUCAAAAAUGAAAAUGAGUCGGAAAAUGAAACUACCCCUGAUGGACUGAAAGUAACAAAUUCUAAAUGUGAUCAAAUAUUUCCUGAAACUGGGCACUUAUCUUAUUCCACUAUGACCCACAAUAGUGAAGCAGCUAUUACUAUAAAUUCAGAAAAAAAUAGCGACUUUAAGGACACGGUGACCAGUGAAGCAGCUAUUAGCAUAAAUUCCCCAAAAAAUAGAGGAUUGAAGGACAAAGAAACUAAUUCCAUAAAGCAAGAAGCCUGCCGUUCCCAUAAAGUAGAUCAAAAUUUAGAUCUCAGUGAAAAACAAGGCACUGAUUGUGUCAAACAACAAAAAUUGAUUGAUUAUGAUGAAUUGGUGUUAAGUUUUAUAAAUAAUGGCUGUGCUAUACAGUUCUCAAAUGAGGAUAAUGAUGUAGAAAAAGAAGUGGUGAAAGAACUAUCUGACUUUAUUCAAACUGUAUAUCAUAGCGAUGAUUUGCCGCUUGAUGUUAUUUUGUUAUGUCUAAAGCGUUUUAAUGAAGAAUUAGAAAUAUUUACUGACCAAAAACAAAGCUCGAUAUUUACUACCACAGAUGGUAAGCAAACACUCAUUGAAAAUGGAACUGAGUUAGUUGAGGGUCCUAAGGUUGAAAGUAAACCGGAAUAUAUAGAAGAUAUCCAAAACGUGGAUCAAAUUGCGAAACAUAAAGUUCAUUGUUGCGAAGAUAUUGAUAAAACCUUACCAAAGAAAAAACGAUUACGUUACAAUAAGAAAAUUAUUACAAAAGAUUCUGCGCCAAUGGAGGUCGAUAUACUUCAUGAUAGUUUCAAUUGUCAUUAUUAUGAUUAUGCAGAUGAAAAUUUUGACCAAUAUAUAAAAUUUCGAGAAAUGUAUCUGUUUGGCUCUCUAAACAAUAUUCAGAUCAAUAAACAAAAUGGCGAUGAUAGUUUAACCAGCAUUUUUAGUGACGCUUCUAAUUAUUCGUCACUGGAAAGUGAUGACGCGAAUGUGUGCAGUUUUGAUUCAGCAAGUUUGAAAUUGGAUAAUGAAGUACUUUUUGAUAUGAAUUCUAGUGAUGAAACUCAACUUUUUUGUGAAUUAUCUUAAUAAAGUGAAUGAAUAUUUUUCAUUUCCACCUAAUGUGCCUUUUUGAACAAUUACUUUUAACAUUCUUUUUUUUGAUAAUAUUUGUAUACAAAUUGUGCUGUUACCACCUUAUAUUUAAUAUAUUUUUUAAAAGGAAACUUGU